AUGCAGUCUGAGAUGAAUCUGGGACCUUACGUGGACAAUAAGGUCAACAUGUCUAGUCAAGCCAUGUCCUACUCAUCAACCGCGACGAGUCUUUCCCUUGCUGCGUCAGUUUGUGACCCAGAACCAAGCCUCCCUGAGUCCAGCUAUAUAUUAUUUGAUAGCCCUUCAACUGAUGGCUCUUACUGCUUCGAUCUAACUCCGUUGUCUUCGGUAGCAGAUACGCUUGAGUCUAUUCCCAUCGAAGCUGAGUCUGAGCACAUGCCAUGCUCUGAUUCUUUACUCGACACUCGAAUCAAACAAGAGCCUUUUGGUGUCGUUGAAGGGAACAAUAUAGGUUCCACGAUGGGUUUUCAUGCAUCAAUUGGAUCAUUGGUGCAGGCAAACAAAUUUUCGAUGCCAAGAUGUUCCUUCAAGGCAGUCUAUGAAGCCGCCUCUUUCAACAGUCUUUCAACUGAGAGCACCAUUGCCUUUGAGACUGAUUUGAAUGCCUCUACAUUGCCUUUCGACCAUAAUAGCCCAAUCCUUCCAUUCUGUCAUAGAAAGGCUACGGAACUGCAACGAUCCCCAAUCCGACCAUCAACGAAGGGGCCAGUCAAGCCCGAUCCUUCACAAGUCGACGUUGUUCGAAGAGCCAUGUGCAAGUGCGACUACCCUGGCUGCCACAAGGCAUUCCGGCGCAGUGAGCACCUCAGGCGUCACAAACAAACCUUCCACGGCGAGGGACCCAACCGCUUCUCCUGCGAAUUCUGUGGAAAAAGCCAAUUCAACCGACAAGAUAACCUGAACAACCACCGCAAGCUGCACGCACAACCGAACAGGCGCGAUAGCUGCGUAGAAUUCAUUCCUGCUGCUGUUCCCGUCAUUGCACAAGAGAAGAGGUGCAGAAAACGACGAGCACCUUCCAAUAAAAAAGGAAUUGAGGGGAAGGCAGCAUCUAGUAACCAGUCAGCAUCAUGA